UCCAACUCUUUUCGUGUCACGUUUUUCGUGAAUGCAUACGGCGACCGCAUAAUUAAGCGUGAUUUACGUUUGUUUCGCUAAUAAGUACCCUUAAUUUCAAGGUUAUACAAUGACACUCCUUGCAAAAGACGGCAACCCUGAGAAACCAGGACAGGAUUCGCCCCCAAUUCACCACAUCAGAAUAACUUUGACCUCUAGAAACGUGCGUUCUUUGGAAAAGGUUUGCUCUGAUCUGAUCGAUGCCGCCAAAAAGCAGAAGUUGCGUGUGAAAGGGCCUGUACGAAUGCCUACUAAAAUUCUACGCAUCACCACCCGCAAAACACCCUGUGGUGAAGGAUCUAAAACAUGGGACAGGUUCCAGAUGAGGAUCCACAAACGUGUCAUCGACCUGCACUCGCCCUCUGAGAUCGUCAAGCAAAUCACUUCGAUCAAUAUCGAGCCUGGGGUAGAGGUUGAAGUCACCAUCGCUGAUGCGUAAAUGUAAAUAAGUUUUUUCUACAAUACAUCUUUAAAGAGUAAAAA